UGUCUCUUUUUCUGGUUUCUUCUUCCUUUUCCUUUCUCUCUUUCUCAUUAUAUCUCCAUUCUUUCUCCUCUUUCAUUUCUUCCCUAAAGCAAUCUCUUAGAAACAAAUUCACGGCAACAAGGACGGAAAGUCGGCAACGAGGACGGCGACGAGUACGAUAGCUCAUCGGCUCGAGCUCGAACUCAAAAUUACAGAGUCAAGCUCGACAAAAAUGGUCGACUCGUUGCCACCCUUAGUUGCGAUCAUCACACUGUCACAUGUUUUGCCAAGUAAUGCUUGCUGAUCCAGUCCCACUCGACAUAUCUUGCCAGGAACGCAACCCUUCUUGGACAUUGUGAUUCCACCACUCUAAUGGAGAGAAAAGAAGACCCGAAAUGCUCUUGUGCAGAAGUUGUCGACGAUAGUUCAAAGGAUGAGUUUCAGGAGUUGCUUCAAACACUUGAACACCGGAUGAAUUGGGAUGGCCAAGGCCUUGUCAAAUACAAGGGCUUUUGGUUGCUGCAACUGUUGUUCCGACCGAGUUUAUCAGCUCAUAACAACUUCAGAGCAAAAGCCACGGAUGUAAUACUGUCAACCAUGCCUAAAUCAGGAACCACCUGGUUGAAAGCCCUAACGUUUUCCAUUGCCAAUCGAAAUGUUUUUCCCAUUGAUCAAACUCCUCUACUCACUUCCACUCCUCACAUGCUUGUGCCUUUCCUAGAGUUCGAUGUCUAUUGGGAGCAAGAAAAUCCUAAUCUUGAGAACAUUCCAUGUCCGAGAAUUUUCGCAACUCACAUGCCUUUCGAAAUCCUCCCUGAUUCCAUCCAUGAAAGUGACUGUAGAAUUAUUUACAUCUGCAGAAACCCAUUGGACCAGUUCGUUUCGCAUCGUCUUUUCUUUCUUGAAAACAAGAUCGAAAAAGAAGCAGAUCCACUUGACAUAGAUGAGGCUUUCAAUAUGUUUUGCCAGGGAAUUCAUCCAUGUGGUCCCUUCUGGGAUCAUAUGCUUGGAUAUUGGAACGCUCAUUUGGAGAAUCCACGAAAAGUGUUGUUUAUAAAGUACGAAGACCUGAAAGAGGAUAUCACGUCUCAGGUGAAGAAGAUUGCUGAAUUUAUGGGGUUCCCUUUUUCACAGGAGGAAGAAGAGCAAGGCCUGAUAGAUCAAAUCUCAGGGCUAUGCAGCUUUGAAAGUCUCAGCAAUUUGGCUGUGAACAAGACAGGUAAUCUUAAAGGUAUUGUGGAAAACAGUACUUUCUUCAGGAAGGGACAAGUUGGAGAUUGGACCAAUUAUUUGACUCCUGCCAUGGUUGAACGCAUCAAAAAGCUCAUGGAUAGCAAGUUCGGAAACUCCGGUUUAACGUUCAAGAUCUGAAAAGGGGAGACAAAAUUUAUCGGCACCUCACGUGAGAAAUAAGCAAAAAAUCCGUGUAAAAGAAAAAGAAUAAAUUAUUCUUCUCAGUAAUUUGUUUCAUUUUUAAAACACAGGUGUUAUUUGCUAAUUUUUUUUUCACAAGGUGCUUUUUUUUUUGCUCA